GUACGCUUCUGACGCUGAACGUUUACAGAGAAGUGUUAUAAGAUCGUACCCACCGGGCUGAUCGUAAGCCAAGACUAUAAAGACGAAGAAGAAGAGGAAGAAGAAGACGAAGACGAAGAAGUGGGAGCUCAGAUCUCGUUAACCAGGAGUCGAUAGACUAUUCAGUUGUGAACAGAAGAGCCGUCGAGAUGACAGCGAUUGAAGUAAAUGGCAGGGCGUUAAAGGUUUUGGAGGAACUUCUGAAGAUCCUCGCCGAAGAAAAGGUCCUGGAUCAGUCCGAAAAUAACCGAAUCGUUGAGUUCGUGCACCCCGAAGAGCUCAAGAAAAAAUUGUCGUUGGAUCUCGUCGAGGAUGCUGCCACACCAGAGCAGCUGGAUGAGAUGGUCAGACAAAUUGUUCGUUAUUCCGUAAAGACCUCGAAUCCUCAUUUCUAUAAUCAGUUAUACGGCGGCGUCGACAUAUACGGAUUAGUCGGUGCUUGGCUGACCGAAGCUCUCAAUACAAGCCAGUAUACAUUCGAGGUGGCCCCGGUAUUCACUCUUAUAGAGUGCGAGGUGCUCAAUGCAGCCUUGAAACUUGUGGGAUAUCCUCCGUCCCCCGUAGGCGAUGGUAUGCUUUGUCCCGGUGGAAGCAUCGCCAAUAUGUACGGAAUGGUUAUGGCUCGUUAUAAGAAGCUGCCAGAUGUGAAGACCAAAGGUCUAAGUGGGUCUCCACCUCUCGCGUGUUUCACCAGCCUGGCUGCCCAUUACUCGAUUAAAAAGGGGGCCCAUUGGCUCGGACUCGGAACCGACUCCGUCUACCAGGUAAAAACGGAUGACAGGGACCGAAUGAUCCCUGGAGACUUGAAGAGAGCGAUAGCCCAGGCCCGAUCGGAUGGAAGAUUGCCAUUUUUCGUAAACGGAACCGCGGGUACUACGGUCCUAGGGGCGAUCGAUCCGCUGUCAGAAAUCGCUGAGAUCUGCAAAUCUGAGGGCCUUUGGUUCCACGUUGACGCCUGCCUUGGUGGAACUCUACUGCUGUCCGAGGAGUACCGAAAAUUGUUGACGGGCGUCGAAUUGUCGGAUUCUGUCUCCUGGAAUCCGCACAAACUGCUCGGAGCACCACUGCAGUGUUCGUUGUUCUUAGUAAAAGAAGAAGGAUCUUUGCAUCGCGCAAACAGCGCUGCUGCUAGGUACCUGUUUCAGCAGGACAAGUUCUACGAUGUUUCAUGGGAUACGGGUGACAAAAGUGUUCAAUGCGGACGAAAGGUAGACGCUCUGAAAUUGUGGCUGAUGUGGAAGGCCAGAGGGACGAGUGGUCUGAGAAGAUCUAUCGAUCACGCGAUGGCUGUUUCCAAAUAUUUUCAGAAACAAAUAUCGAUUCGCGAAGGUUUCCGGCUAGUCAUUCCAGAUUCUGAAUGCAGCAACGUCUGUUUUUGGUACAUCCCUCCCAGUCUCAGGGGCCUGGAGGAAACUGACGAAUGGUGGUCCAAACUGUACAAAGUUGCUCCGAAAAUUAAAGAACGAAUGGUCAUGGAAGGAUCCCUGAUGGUGGGAUACACCCCAUUGUCUCAUAAAGGUUUUGGAAAUUUCUUCAGGAUGGUAGUAACCUGCAGCCCAGAAGCAAAGGAAUCGUCAAUGCAUUUCGUUAUCGAGCAAAUCGAAAAAUUCGGCAAAGAUCUCUAAGCUAUUAGUUUGUCUAGAUCAUUUUCUGAAAAAUGUUACAUUUCAGUUUAUAUGGUAAUAUUAUAUGGUAUAAUACGUUAAUUCAUACACGAUUGAUUUGAAUCCGGAGAAGGUGAUGAAAAUGAGAUUUUUGGAAAAUAAAAUGGCGAAUAACCUUUGUGAAUAA